CUGCUAGCAGGCCAUCCUGCAGCGCCAGGAGGUUAACCGAGCCCCCGGAGGAGGUGAGGCCGCCAGCUUGCGCGGGCGGAGAUGGCCGGGCCGCCGUCGGGGCCGGCGCCAGAGCCCGGCAGCCUGUGGGUCCUGCAGCUUCUGUGAAAGGAGCCCUUCUGUCACUCGUCACUCGCUCGCUUGCUGGCUCGCUCGCUCGCUGUGGGAGGAGCCCGCCAGAGGAAGCCGUGUGCCUGGGAUGCCAAGAGCCAGAGAAUGGAUCUGCUCCGAGUGGGGACAUUGCUGAAGAUCCCGGCUUCCCGAGGCAGCUGAAAACUAGCAUUUGGUUUUGGCUGCCUGCAGAUAUCCAGAGACCUGAGCGGACCGGAGGAGGGACGGACCGACGGACAGCUAGAUGGUCGGCGCGAACCCGGGAGGACCGGCGGCGGAGGCUGAGCACCGCGAGCCUAGCCGCCGAGCUUGAAGAGAAACAAACUGCACGCCCAAGUUGCCCAGCCGGCUGCCCGCGCGCUGAGGAAUGAGACCUUUCCAGCUGGAUUUGCUCUUCCUCUGCUUCUUCCUCUUCAGUCAAGAGCUUGGCCUCCAGAAGAGAGGAUGCUGUCUGGUGCUGGGAUACAUGGCCAAGGACAAGUUUCGGAGAAUGAAUGAAGGCCAAGUCUACUCCUUCAGCCAGCAACCCCAGGACCAAGUGGUGGUGUCAGGACAGCCAGUGACACUGCUGUGCGCCAUCCCAGAAUAUGAUGGCUUCGUCCUGUGGAUCAAAGACGGCUUGGCUCUGGGUGUAGGCAGAGACCUCUCAAGUUACCCCCAAUACCUGGUGGUGGGGAACCACCUGUCAGGAGAGCAUCACCUGAAGAUCCUGAGGGCUGAGCUGCAGGAUGAUGCUGUGUAUGAGUGCCAGGCCAUCCAGGCUGCCAUCCGGUCCCGUCCCGCACGCCUCACCGUCCUGGUGCCACCGGACGACCCCAUCAUCCUAGGGGGGCCUGUGAUCAGCCUUCGGGCAGGGGACCCCCUCAACCUCACCUGCCACGCGGAUAAUGCCAAGCCUGCGGCUUCCAUCAUCUGGCUUCGUAAAGGAGAGGUCAUCAAUGGGGCCACCUACUCCAAGACCCUGCUUCGAGAUGGCAAGCGUGAGAGCAUUGUCAGCACCCUCUUCAUCUCCCCAGGAGACGUAGAAAACGGACAGAGUAUUGUGUGCCGAGCCACCAACAAAGCCAUCCCGGGAGGAAAGGAGACCUCAGUCACCAUAGACAUCCAGCAUCCCCCGCUUGUCAACUUGUCGGUCGAACCACAGCCGGUAUUGGAGGACAACACCGUCACGUUCCACUGCUCUGCAAAGGCCAACCCAGCUGUCACCCAGUACAGGUGGGCCAAACGGGGUCACAUCAUCAAAGAGGCAUCUGGGGAGCUGUAUCGGACCACCGUGGACUACACAUACUUCUCAGAGCCUGUGUCCUGUGAAGUGACCAAUGCCCUGGGCAGCACCAACCUCAGCCGCACAGUGGACGUUUACUUUGGUCCCCGAAUGACCUCAGAGCCUCAGUCCUUGCUGGUAGAUCUGGGCUCAGAUGCCGUCUUCAGCUGUGCGUGGAUCGGCAACCCGUCUCUGACCAUCGUGUGGAUGAAAAGGGGGUCCGGUGUGGUGCUGAGCAAUGAAAAGACCCUGACCCUCAAAUCUGUCCGCCAAGAGGAUGCUGGGAAGUACGUGUGCCGGGCUGUGGUGCCCCGGGUUGGAGCUGGGGAGCGAGAGGUGACCUUGACUGUCAACGGACCCCCUAUCAUCUCCAGCACACAGACUCAGCAUGCCCUCCAUGGUGAGAAGGGACAGAUCAAGUGUUUCAUCCGGAGCACGCCGCCUCCUGACCGCAUUGCCUGGUCCUGGAAGGAGAACGUCCUGGAGUCAGGGACAUCGGGGCGCUACACAGUGGAGACCGUGAGCACCGAGGAGGGUGUCAUUUCCACGCUGACCAUCAGCAACAUUGUACGUGCUGACUUCCAGACCAUCUACAACUGUACAGCCUGGAACAGCUUCGGCUCUGACACAGAGAUCAUCCGACUCAAGGAACAAGGUUCGGAAAUGAAGUCGGGAGCCGGGCUGGAAGCAGAGUCUGUGCCAAUGGCCGUCAUCAUCGGGGUGGCCGUAGGAGCUGGUGUGGCCUUCCUCGUCCUAAUGGCAACCAUUGUGGCCUUCUGCUGUGCCCGUUCCCAGAGAAGUACGGGAGGGAGACCCGGGAUCUCAGGGAGGGGGACAGAGAAAAAGGCCAGGCUUAGACUGCCCAGGAGAGCAAAUCUCAAAGGGGUUGUAUCAGCCAAAAAUGAUAUCCGAGUGGAGAUUGUUCACAAGGAGCCAGCUUCUGGUCGGGAGGCUGAAGAUCACACCGCCAUCAAGCAGCUGAUGAUGGAUCGGGGUGAGUUCCAGCAAGACUCGGUGCUGAAGCAGCUGGAGGUCCUCAAAGAAGAGGAGAAAGAGUUUCAGAACCUGAAGGACCCCACCAAUGGCUACUACAGCGUCAACACCUUCAAAGAGCACCACUCAACUCCAACCAUCUCCCUGUCCAGCUGCCAGCCAGACCUGCGACCUACAGGCAAGCAGCGUGUACCCACAGGCAUGUCCUUCACCAACAUCUACAGCACCUUGAGUGGCCAGAGCCGCCUCUACGACUAUGGACAGAGGUUCGUGUUGGGCAUGGGGAGCUCUUCCAUUGAGCUUUGUGAGCGGGAGUUUCAGAGGGGCUCCCUCAGCGACAGCAGCUCCUUCCUGGACACGCAGUGUGACAGCAGCGUCAGCAGCAGCGGCAAGCAGGACGGCUACGUGCAGUUCGAUAAGGCCAGCAAGGCUUCCGCCUCCUCUUCCCACCACUCCCAGUCCUCCUCCCAGAACUCCGACCCCAGUCGACCCCUGCAGCGGCGGAUGCAGACUCACGUCUGAAGAUCACACACUGUGGUGGGGAUGGGCCAGGGAGGAGGACAGGGCACAUUCUCCUUCUCCGCGGACUGGGGCUGCUUUGCAGAGGACCCUAGAACUGGCUGCCUCCAGGGUGGCCUCUGUGCACCUCUGUUACCACCUUCCUUCGAAGCUCUGAUCAAGCACAAAUCUGGCUCCCAGAUGGGAAACGAAGAGGAUGCGGCUGAGUGUGUAGUGCUCAGGGCUGGAUACCUUUGUCUCUUGCUCUUCCCUACAGGUCUUUCAACCACCUUGUCCUCGCACAGGCACCAGGGGCAGCUAGAACUUUGCUUUUAGGAAACUGCCGUCCACUCUCCUAGCCCCUCUUGCUGCCCAUAAGCCAUCCCGGGUGCCUGCGUCCCUUACAGCCUUGGGGAACAGAGGACGUCCCAGCACUGAGCUGCUCCAGAGCCCCCCAGCUUCCCCACUGUGCAUAGCCCGUACCACAGAGGCAGAGGGCUGAGAAUUGACCCUGACCUAAGGAGCAUCUGCCUGGGAGCCCACCCCCAGUGUGUUUGGUGUUUGUGUCUAUAUUCUUGCAGUUCUGUUCUUGGAUUUGAUGUCUCUGGGCCUGGUGGUGGGAUUGGCCCAUCAGAGUCUAGCAUCCUCAGAGCUGAGGAAGGGAAGGAAAGAGAGUGUGAAUGCCUGGAGAACACCUUGCCCAACAUACCCUGUGCCAGGCUGUGCAAUUCAGAGCCCUCACCCUCACCCCCGCUUUGUGUUCUCCCCUCCUUCCCACAGCACAAUCAAGCUAAUAUAAGGAGUACAAGAACUUCUCUGGUCAGGGUCUGUUGGACAGUUAUUGCAGAGUGCUUCCUGGGAGAUGCGGUUUUGAGGGGGCUGAAAUGCAGGCUGGAGGAUGAGGCAGACUUUUUUCAGCUGAUGAACACAAGGAACAUUUAUUCGUUCUCCAGGAGACAGGACUCUGUGUGCAAGAGGGACAGUUUUUUUCUGCACCUCUCCCUCCCAUCACUCCUCACCUAAGAAUAAACGUUAGGGCCAUUACCCCAUCAAACCUGUUCUGUGCUUUUGUCUCUGAAAGGCCACAGGAAGACCCCUGUGGGACAUCAGGAUUUUUGCUUGUUUCGUUGUUGCCUUGUUUUGUUCUGUUCUGUUUUGUUGCCAUUCUUCACAUCAGUUUUUCCCAGGCAGGGAAGGUCAUUUUUGGGGCUGUUUGUCAUCAUAAUAGAACCUACAAGUUAACUCUUUGCUUGUGGAUGAAGUCAGCCAAAACAAAUAGACAAACAAAUAACAAACAAACAAACAAACAAAAACAAGUCUCACCAAACUCAAUUCUUGCCAAAUACAGCUAAUACCAUGAGUUUGGGCACUGGCCAGAUCCUUUUAUCUCAGUAAUAUUCUGCAAGGGAGUCUCCCUACACUUCAGAUACAAGAAGCAGGCCAUCUUGAAAGACUAUAGACCACCACCAACACUCUAAAACCCAAAUAUAGGACUCAAAAAGAAAAAAGAAAAACAAUCUCAGCACACUUGUCGGAGUAGAAAAAUAAAUAUCAUCAUAGCAGGCAGGAUGGAUACAUGAAUUAGUGUUCUAGUACAGGGAAUGGGGUUCAAACAGAACUCUGAAGAGCCCAAAUUGUUCCUAAGGGUGGGAGGUCCUCACCAGCUCUUGACUCUUCUUCUGAAACCUUUUUUUGGAGGUCCUUACCCACCACGAGAUUCUUCAUCAUCAAGUUUGUGCGUCCUCCAUACUCUGUUUCCUUGGGUGGUCCUGCCCUUAGAUCUUAUGCCUGGCCUUUAUAGCUACUCCACUCAGAGCACCUUCCUGCUUCGAUUCUGUUUCCCAACGUUUCCAAACUUCCUCAAAAAAUUGUCUCAGAGUAGACAAUUAUAAAGGAUGAAGAGACAGCACCAAGGUGACCGUGAUCAGACUGUGUGAUGCCCAUGUGCCAACAUAGCAAGAAUGGCAAAGGAAACAGGCCAGCCAUACAGUGUUUGUGAGAGAGUAGAGCAUGGGCAGAAAACUGCACAGUCUUCUGUAGGGGAAAUUCCCUCCACUUCAGGUUUGGGGUGAGGGUGGGCAAUCUGGAGCAUUGAGAAGGAGCCCAAAUGUGUUCACACCACUCAGUCAUCUCCUUGCUGGCUCUCACAGGAGUGGAGGCAGAGAAAAGAUAGAAAAAAGAAGGGGGGGCUCUGAAUCCGCUACAGUGAGUGUUUUCCUGUGUGAUUAACAUGAGCACUCUACACUUGCGUUUUACUGAAUUCUCUCAAUUUGAUAAAGCAUCCUUACUUGGCUUUUGGUUUGGGGGUGUUGGUUUGUUUCUGUUUGUUUGUUUUCAAGACAGGGUUUCUCUGUAUAGCACUGGCUGCCUUGGAACUCAAUUUGUAGACCAGGCUGGCCUUGAACUCACAGAGAUCAGCCUGCCUCUGCUUCCCGUGUGCUGGAAUUAAAUGUGUGUGCCACCACCUCCCAGCCGAAACCUCAUGUUUUACAUAUGUGGAAAUGAGGCUUAAAGAAUCCAAAAGGCUUGCUCGAGACCAUGGAGAUAAUAGGAAACAAAUGUAAGAUUUCGACUCACAUCACUUCCAGUACGCGAUAUCUCUAUGCCAGCCACAGUGCAAGCUCAAAGCCACCCUCUCUAGAGUACUGGUGGAAGUGUCUAACCAUAAAGACUGACUGACCAUGUGCUACUCAAGAGCAGGCUGGACAAGGACAAGCCACCGCUCUAUCAAGGAGGCAGGCCUUCACCCUCCACCUUAAGUCCCCGGAUGACCUGGAAAGACCACAGACUGGCCGAGAAACAAAGCCAUUCUGUGUGUCACUCCCCCCUACGCAGGCCAGGAUCCAGUUUCCUGAUAGCUGGGACUUCAUUAUUGGCUCACAGUCACUGGACAGGAGCCCAGUUUCUAAUUCUCAGGCUGAAUAUCAGUCUGCAAAGGCCAGGGUUAUUUCCACCACCCUUCAACUUCAACAGAAUAGGAAGUGCUUUCGAAUAAAGAGCUAAAAUGCCACACCAAAUCUAUUUCUGAGAAGCCUGUUGAAACAAGUCAUUGUGAAGCACAGGCCUAGAAACCACCUUUGAGUUUCAGGAAUGCUGAGGUCAAGGAAAUGAGAUCAACAAAGUGGUGCAGACAAACCUGAUGUAGUCCUUGAACGGUUUCUCAGAACUGAGACGGGUUAACAGGAAGUCCAUCCCUCGCUUCCUGGCUGGGAAGGAAAAUAUGCUGGAUAUGGUAUUUGCUGUUAUGGAGCAGGAAGUGAAACAGGAGUUUGCAUAUCCACCAGUGUGAUUAGAACUUCCCGGGAAUGUGUGAUUUGUGAUGGUAUCCAUCAGGGGGGAAAAAAAGGAAAGUAAAAGCGAAUAGAAAGUGCUGUCCUUAGAGUUCUCUUUACAAACUUUCCCCAUAAGACAAACUUCUAAUUUUUUUUUCUUUUGUAGUAUUAUGGAUCAAGCCUCUGACAUUGAGUGUGCUAAGAAAGUACUCUUCCACUGGCCACAUCCCUGCUUUCAAACUCUUACUAACUGUACAGAUUUUUAAUUUAAAAAAAUCUUAAUUCAAAUAUAAAUUAUUUAAAGGGCCAGUAAGUUUGUCUAUUGGGGGAAAAACAAUUCACUUUACAAAAGCCUUUUGAAAGCAUUUUUGUUGUUGUUGUUUAUUUUUCAAGACAAGGUUUCUCUGUGUAGCCUUGGCUGUCCUGGAACUCACUCUGUAGACCAGAGUGAGUUGAGCUCAGAGAUGCCCCUGCCUCUGCCUUUGGAGUGUUGGAAUUAAAGCCACCACACCCCCUGGCUUUGAAAGCAUCUUACCUGGAUUGGUUUGAGAAGCUGCAGCUACAUACCAGCCAUCAGCAGUCCUAGCAUCAAAACCUGCAGCCAUCGCUGGCCAUCGCUGGCAGUCACUGAUAAACAGCACUCUGCAGAUAAAGAGGGCUCCAGUCUCUCCUGUGGCUCAGUCUCCCUAGCCAGGUCUUAAACAGAGAAAGGUGAUAAAAUGUCAAGUUGUCCUUCUUUCUAUACAUAAGGAUUGUUUUCCUGGAUGAGGAGGUGUUUGCUGUUGCAUCAUCAGUUCUUUUCCUCCAUAAAGGUUAUUCUUCCUUGAGCCACAUCCCCUCGUGUCUAAUCUGAGUCUUUAACAUGCACUGAAUGCUUUCAUCACAAGUACUGUGGCUUUAAAGCUACCACAGCUUUUCUUGAAGGGCCUUCUGUGUAGGAUGAGGAUAUAACUCAGUGGCAAGGAGCUUCCCUAGCUUGUGCAAAGCCCCUGGUCUGAUCCUCAGAACUUCAAACCAAACAAUGAAACAAGUAAGCAAAAUAAUAAUAAUAAUAAUAAUAAUAAUAAUAGCCUUUUGUGAACAUACAUCAUUCACAGGAUACAUCUUUAAGCUGUGGUGUAUGUCUUUGAUUUUAUAUACAGAGCAUGUACCCUUUAGGCCACGUGGGAUUAAAUGCCACCUUAGCAUGUGGCUUCCACACCUCUAGCUAGUCCUGGCUAUAUGCAUGCCUCUGUCAAUAUCUGCCUGGCAUUCCAUGUUCCCAGUGCUCUUCAGGACAGUCAAGCCACCCAUAGAGCAAGGGCAUCCUGAACUCCUGAUCAAGUGGGUCCCUUGAAUUCCCUGACUGGGAAACACCAAACAAACACAAGCAUCUCUUUCCGCUGCUCCUUAACCUCUUGACCCUUGGCAAUAUCUUGGAAUGCAAUGAGGACAUUCGAAGAAUGCUUUUUUUUUUUAAUUUCUUUUUUUUUAUAAUUGUUGUGGCAGUGCUAGUGGUUGGGGGGGAGCAUGAAUCUAACGAAUUAACACCCAAAAAGAUUAGAAAAUGAAGUCUGGAAGGCACAACUUCAUUAGGAGAAGGUGAGUCCUGUAAAAUCUAUCCCCAGUUAUGCAAAAGGAAAACAUUAGUUCAGAUAGAAAGCUGAAUUUAGGAGGGGAUCAUCCCCAAAUGUCACUGACAAUUAGGCCAAAAGGAUAUCAAGGGGAAUAAGUUAAAGAUACCCCCUUUAUUCCUUCUGCAUGGAAAUUUAAGGACCAGGGCUUUGUUGCCUGUGCAAUAAGAAAUUGAAUUCUUCUCACUAAAUGGGCACUGAACUUUGGAGAAAUCCUGAAAGGGGGCAAAUAUAGACAAAGUGGUGAGAACAGGUUAGAGCUACAGCAGGACUUUCAAUAACUUAAUUACAAACUUCCCCUGGCUCGUCUCCUAUCACACAGGGGCUACUUCAGUACAGCAACCCAACAGAGGCCCCACAGGACUUCCAUCAGACUCCAACUUUUACUCCUGAGAUUCACCUCCUCAGGCAGAUGCUUGACAAAGAGAAAGACCUCACUUUAAAAAAAGCAAAAUGUUAAAAUUCAUGGUAGAUGAACAAAAAAAAAGAAAGAAAAGAAAUAUAAGUGGAUCUGGAAUAGCCUAGCUUGGUAAUUGCAACUUCCAUCCCCAGACCUCCUCUCUUUCUCUCUGCCUGCCUUUACCCAGCUCCAUUGUCCCUGUAGAAGAAGACAUGCCUCUGUAUGCUUUAUAAUGUUGGCUCUCCCCAGGAGUCUGCUAUGAACAAGCAAUAACAUCUGCCUCCCAGAGCUCCAGUUUCCCUAACCCCUCUGCCAAACAUUCUAACUAGCUCAGCUGCUCUUCCUGCUGUCUUUCUAAGUGAGGGAGCUGAGGCUUCCAGAGCAUCUGGGCUCCUCCCAAACCUUGCCAUCUCUUGAGUCUCAACCUUGCCCCCCCCCUUUCCUUUCCUUUUUCAAACAGGGUCUCCUGUAAUCAGGGCUUGGUCUCAAUCCGGCUGUCUACCCCAGGAUGACCUCAAACUUUGGAUUACCAUGCCACCAUUUACCAAGUACUGGGAUUGCAGGUGUGGGUGACCACAUUCCAUUUAUGUGGUAUUGAGAAUCUAAGCCAGAGCAUUGUGUGUGCUAGGCAAACUACCAACUAUACUACAUACACCCCUACCCCUCUACCUUAUUUGUUUUUUGUUUUUCAGACAGGGUCUCUCUUUGUUGUUGCCCCAUCCUGGAACUGCUAUGUAGACCAGGCUGGCAAUGAACUGAGAGAUCACCUACCUCUGCCUCAAGAGU